ACGUGGAAGGAAGAGAUGCGUGAAAGAGCGUGCGCCAUGUGCUUGUGUGCAGUGGGUUGACUGUUUGUUUGAUAAGGAAACCCGAGCGGAAAGCAGAGAUGUUCCUCUCUUCUAUAUAUAACCUCAUCUCACGGAUCUUGCUUGCUUCUCUCCCUCUCUCACUUCCCUGUAAUAUUUUAUUCUCUUCCAUUGACAUGCUCUUGCCAACUACUAUAUAUAUAUAUAUAUAUAUAUCUAUAUAAGCCCUGCACUUCACCGUCAUUUCAAACAGUGCUGCCAUCCACGUACUAGCUCAUUCAUUCGGCCAUGGCCUCUUGGAAGAAGACCAUCACGUCCCCCUUCAGAAAAGCCUGCACUUUCUUUAACAACCAGCCCACCAGGGAUCACAAGAAUUCUCAAGCAGGGCAAGAUAACAGAAUCAUGGAUCUGCAAGGUGAAGUCAUGGCGUGUGGCUAUGAAGACGUUCAAGUUAUGUGGUCUAUCCUGGACAAGUCCAAAUCCACGGCCUGCAAUAUAACCUCUUCAUGACCCCCCCCACCCCGGGGAGAUUAGCCUAUGAUUUCGGAAUUACAUCAUACUUGCUCGCUGGCUGGCUUUUAGAAUCUGGCGUGAUUGUAAUUGUGUCUGAACAAAAUGAAAACAAGUUUGAUUUAUAUGUGCAGGCUCUUGGUAGGCUUGGGUCGGCGGCUCCAUCUCCUAAGACGGUGGUGGAGAUUCACUCUCUUUAAGUUUUGGACGUCACAGUGUUAUUUAUAGGGAAUCCCCGUGACUGGUGAUCAAAAGGUCAUGGCGAGAUUUUUAAUGAAAAUAGAUUAGAUUCUUUUCUCUCUGCUUUCGCAUCUCCCUCUAAUUUUAUGGCCCAAGCUUCUUUUUUCAUACUUCUGAGAAGCCCAUAUGUCCUACCUUAUACCUUAAAAGUUAGAAUUAAGUGUUCAUCGUACUCUGGUUAUCUUUUUUUUUUUUUUUGGGUCAAGACACUGGUAUAAUUCAAACUGAUCGCCGGAAUGAUCCUAUAUGUCAACUGCCAAGAAAUACGCGACAGUUAGUCAAGAUCACGAACUAGACGAUAUGAUUUUCAAAGGGAAGCUUAAUGGAAAAGGACGAAUCUAGUGUCAUUUAUAAAUAGCAGUAUGGAUGCAGCCGUUCAAUCGCACUCUGCUUUUCUGCUUCAAGCCAUGUAACCUGCGAUACCAGAAUCAAGAAAGUGAUCACAAGAUUGGAGAUAUUCCAACUCCUGUUUUUUGUCAAGCAGGCCUCGGGGGAAGAUCGGAUUUUGGCAUAACAAGCAAAUCGAGGAUAACGGCUAGUUAAUUGAGAAAUUACCCAAUGGCUAGUUUUAAAUGCAUCUAUGCAAGGGAUGGAAGAAAAACAGGACACAAGAAAAAAAGGGGAAAGUAUUUUUUAUUUAAGGAUAUAUAAUAUUUUUUUGCUAUAUUAUACUUAUCUAUACUCCGUUUAUAUUUAUCCCGCGCACAAGCCAAUUUUAGUCUCCCUAAAACAGGCAAUUGGAGUCAAACCGAAUAAGCCCAAACUAAGUGCUCAUAGACAUACCAUUCCAUUUACCUCGUAUCUCUUUGUAUAUCUACCUAAAAAAGUUGGAGCCUGAUGUUUCGUAACAUUUCCUUUCUUCCCAUCGUAGUAGAGUAUCAUAUCACGACAAUGAUAUUUGUAUGCAUUUAUUUUAAUUUUCUUCUAAGUUUUCCUUCCCUCUCAUUGUAUUUAUCUUUCUUUGGUGUAUCAAAUUCUAAUUCAAGUGCGGUCAACCCAUAUUUACCUCGUCCAUUGCACAAAUAAUAACAUAUGGAGUACAAGUUUCCUA